AUGAGGCUUAAGAAAUUAUUUGAGUAUCGUUUACGGGAUGUGGAGCAUUUGCAGUGGCGUGGUGAAAAAGUUACUGGUUAUGUUUCGCUGUGUAUAAUUGAAGCGUAUUACUUGUUUGUCGUGCAGACUUCGUCUGUUGUACGCAUGGAUGGUAGUCAGUUUUCUUUGUUUCAUGAGGAACCAAUUCGAAAUGUAUCCCAGCAUUCAAUUUUUUCUGUUUUGACGCUUAACGCGGAGUUCUACGUUUCGUUCUUAGAUAUCUGGUUAGGAAUUCUGUUGUGGAUGAGUGUUUCCUACGUAAUUGUCUACUUGACUGCUGUAGCAGUGUCUUGUUUGGCCUUGAGGAAGCAUCCGUGGUUCCCACUGUUCUCCAUACCGCUUUUAGCUAUGGCUUUUAUCGGUCCCGCCACAUUUGGGGCAGUUACGAGCGCCUCAAUCGCAUUACCAUUGGCAGCAGCUAAUAAAGCCAUUACAAGCGUACAGUGUAUGUUUCUUGGGUGUAUCCAGACUCUUUCUUUGAUCAUUAUUAGUUUCACCAAGAUAUUAGCAACGUUAUGA